AUGGGCUUCAACAUCAGCUCCCUUGUCGGGGAUAAGUUCGAGAUCAAUCAGGAAUACUCUGUGCUGAGCUCCAAAGAUCCUGAAGUUAUAGAGCCAACCAAGGCUCCGACGUCUUUUUUCGUGCAGAGAAACAUCUCGCGAUUUGGUGGCUAUUCUCAGUUCAAGGUCGUCCUUGUAUUUGCCACUAUCAGCGUGGCAGCCGCUUUGGCAAUGAUAUUCUUUGCAUUCUUAGGAUGGAAUGUGUGCUCUGCAUGCCAUCCCCACUAUCUUCUGAAGACUCCGGUCCCAUCCUUUGCAAAAAAAAUCCGGUAUUUUGAGUGGAAUCAAACUUAUGUUGACCCACCAAGUCCCGAAAGUGAUAUGACAUGGGAUAAACUAUUGCCUGACGGACGAGGGUAUAUUUACGUCGAGAAUGGCGCGCAAUACGACAUGGAACCAGGCGUCAUAAAGGAAAGUGGAGAGAUAUAUGGCGUCUCAAUGUUCCACCAGAUUCACUGCCUCGGUGUCAUUCGCCGGGCCUACUAUACCUUGGCAAUGGGUCUCCAGGAUGAUGAUAUUGCGGAAUUGAAAGAAACGGCUGAGCAACAACUUCUUAACGAGCAUAUAGGCCAUUGUUUUGAUUAUCUGAGGCAAGCGUUUGAAUGUUCUGCCGAUAUGACCCUGGAAUGGCCGAGAACAGAAAAAGAUGGAAGACGCUUUCAAACGGACGGAAGAGGUAUUCCUCAUGUUUGUACAAAUAAGGAUGCAAUUAUGGACUUUAUGGAGAUUUAUGGAUACCGCGAUGCCACGAAUCAUGAUAUCGCAGCUUGA